UAUCACCCCCACUUGUUUUCAUUUCCUUGUAAAUUUUUUCCAUUACUUGGCCCUCAAGUCUCACUCGUUUCUCUCUCACUUGUUUUUAGCUCCUCCUCCUCCUCCUCCUCCUCCGAGCUUCUUCGUUGUCUCCACCCCAAAACCCUAAUCACAAGCAGAAGCAGCAGCAGCAGCAGCAGCAGCAGCAGUAGCAGUAGCAUCAGAUCCGGGGAUGGACGCGGCGAUCGGCAAGUUCUGCGACUCCGUCGGGUCCUUCUUCAGCGGCGGCGACAACCUCCCAUGGUGCGACCGCGACAUCAUCGCCGGUUGUGAGAAAGAGGUUGCUGAGGCUGGGAAUGAAGAACAAAAGGCUGAAAGCCUUAUGAGGUUAUCUUGGGCCCUCGUUCACUCUAGACAACCCGAUGAUGUGAAUCGUGGAAUAGGGAUGCUUGAAGCUUCUCUGGAUAGUUCUAGCAGCCCAUUGCAAACACGGGAAAAACUAUAUUUGUUAGCUGUUGGGUACUAUAGAAACGGGGAUUAUGCAAGGAGUCGUCAGCUUUUGGAGCGGUGUUUGGAGAUUGCACCUGAUUGGAGGCAGGCACUGACUUUGCAAAAGGUAGUGGAAGAUAAAAUUGCAAGAGACGGUUUGAUUGGCAUGGGCAUUACUGCUACUGCUUUUGGAGUGGUGGGCCUUCUAGUCGGAGGGAUUGUUGCCGCCGCAUCUCGCAAGAAGUGAAAAAUUUUCUUUCAGAUUCACUACGACGAGUUCUUCACCCUUUUGUCGUUACGUCAACUACCAAGUGUUUUCGCUUCAAGUAUCUUUUUAUCUCUAACUCUGCUGAAUCUUCAUAAGCAAUAAAAUAAGAAUAUGGGCUUUCUAAGAAUGUAAAUUUUCUGUUAAUAGGUUUUUUUUCCAUUAAAUAUAAAAAAUAUGCAUCUAAUGUUUUUUCCAGUUCUUUUCAUAUAUAAGAUCUUUAUUUUCACCUUUUUAUGCAUUCUGAUGAAAUUUUCUCUC